AUGCUUGAAAACCAAAAGGAACUGUCACCAGAGGAAAUAAACAAAUUAGAAUCAUCUCUAAAACUCAAUUCUUACGAAGUACAAUUAUUAAUUUCUACUGUGCAAUAUUUGCUUACUGAAAAUGACAAAUAUGUCAUCAAACCUUCAGUCCUGCAUUCAAAAAUGAUGUCUAUAGGAAUAAAUGAAUCAAAAGUAGAACCUUUCAUCAAGAUAUGGAUGAAAAAUAAUAAAGAAUUAUUAGAAGAUUUAUGUACCAAUGAUUUAAAUAAACCAACACGCUUAGAGGACUUUAAAUGGCAAUUAAGUUUACAAGUAUGCUCAACAACAAAACAGAAACAGAAAUUGCCUACAGCCAUGAUGCAAUUUGUUUUAUCGAAAGAUGGCAGUGAAGAUUUGUGCGAACUUGAAAUGAAUCAUGAGCAGCUUUCAGCCUUUUAUAAUCAAUUGGAAAGUAUACAACAUAAAUUGGAUAGUUGA